CCUGGUAACCUGUACAGACGUCCCACGGCUUCUCUCCUAUCUCCCUCUCUCCCUCUCUCUGAGAGCACAAGCAAGCAGAGCAUCAAUGGCGGAAGUAGAGAAAGCAACCGCCGCGAGAGUCCAAGCCAUCGCCCAUUCCAACCAGCCCCACGUUCCUCCCCAGUACAUCCAGCCCCCUCACACCCGACCCUUUUGCUCCCCACCCUCCUCCUCCGCCGCCGCCGCCGGCAUUCCCGCGAUCGACCUCUCCGGGCUCGAUCCGACCCGCCGGGACCGGGACCGGGACCACGUCCGGGCCGAGAUCGGGCGGGCCUGCAGGGGCUGGGGGGCCUUCCACGUCACCAACCACGGCGUCCCCGGCUCGCUCCUCGGCCGCGCCCGCGCCGUGGGCUCGUCCUUCUUCGGGGAUCUCUCCAUGGGCGAGAAGCUCGCGUACGCCUGCGACCCGAGCUCGUCGGCGACGGAGGGGUACGGUAGCCGGAUGCUCGAGAGCGACGACUCGGUGCUGGACUGGAGGGACUACUUCGAUCACCACACUCUGCCUCUCUCCCGUCGCGACCCCUCUCGCUGGCCCAGUUUGCCUCCUGAUUACAGAGAAGUUAUGGCCGAGUACAGUGAUCGAAUGGGAUCGCUGGCGAAGCAGCUGCUGGGCCUAAUUUCGGAGAGUUUGGGAUUGCCAACUUCGUGCAUCGAGCAUGCGGUGGGGGAGUUCUACCAGAACAUCACAAUUAGCUAUUACCCUCCAUGCCCGCAGCCAGACCUGACUCUUGGUCUGCAAGCGCACUCCGAUAUGGGCGCGAUCACCCUUUUGAUCCAGGAUGAUGUUGGGGGACUUCAGGUUUUGAAGGAUGGGGAAUGGAUCACAGUCGAGCCGUUAUCGGACGCCAUUGUUGUCCUUUUGGCCGAUCAAACUGAGAUUAUGACCAAUGGAAUCUAUAGGAGUGCAGAACAUUGGGCGAUAACAAAUGCGAGAAGGGCACGACUUUCAAUUGCAACAUUUCAUGAUCCUUCAAAGGCAAGGAAGAUAUCCCCUAUUUCCGAGCUUGUGAGCGACUCUUCCCCUCCCCGAUAUCGCGAAGUUGUAUAUGGGGACUAUGUGUCUUCAUGGUAUACCAAGGGACCGGAGGGAAAACGGAAUAUUGAUGCACUUCUGCUCUAAGUCUCGCCUUACGGAAGAUGCCCAGUAAUAACCAGAGACAUGAAUAGAAGGAAAAGAGGGCAUAGAGGAGGCCACAAAUUGGUCGCUGCUUUUGUCCUAUAUGUCCACAUGCAGCUUUCCAGAAAUGGAACCGUUGACCAAGUAGACAGCAAAAAUGUUGAAAACAAUAUGCGUCGCUCCUCUUGAAGGUUUGCUUUGUCCCUGGUUUUCAAAUUCUUGUCAAAAUGAGUAUGGUCAAUUGACUAGCCAACUUCUGAACACCCACGUUCUACUCAGGGGUACUCACAGAUGACAAUUCUAUUUCAGUUAUAAAUUCAAGUUGUGGUAGACAAACAAUGAACUUCUCUGGCAUGGGCCAUUGUAAUUAGCUUAGGCAGAAUGGUCUAGAUAUACAUUGUCAAACUUUGGUUGAGAUAUGAAUUCGCCAA